CCAGUACUCUCUUCUAAAUAUAGAUUCAAAAAUUUUUAAAUCUUAUAAAACUUUCCAUUAUCUUUAAAACCCUCCAUUGAACUCGCAAAAAACUCUAUCAGCUGGUAAUGGCGAUUAUAUCAAAGGGGUGGUCGGAUUGGCUAAAGGUUUACGCAACGUGAAGACUGCAUAACCUCUUGUGGUUGCAAUCUUGGCUGAUGUGCCUGAGGAACAUCGCCAAAUCAAUUGAGGUCUCAAGGCUGCAAAUCAAUUCGAGAAUAUAGACCAUCUGUUCGAGACACCAAAUGGCUACUUCUAUGCAGUGAUGGAUUGCUUCUGUGAGAAAACAUGGAGUCAUACUCUAUUGGCUACUGCCAACAGUGCCCUAAUAAGGUCCAAUGGCCUGCAGAGACAGGCCCUUCUCCUCCCUUGUAUUUCAACGCCGGUAUGUUCAUCUUCGAGCCUAGCCGCUUGACCUAUGUUCAUCUUCGACCCUUCAAUACUCUAUUGCAGAGCAAGAUUUCUUGAAUAUGUUCUUCGAGAAGAUUUACAAGCCACUUCCUCAGGUUUUAGCCAUGUUGUGGCGGCGCCAUCCUGAGAACGUGGAGGUCGAACAGGUCAGGGUGGCCCAUUACUGUGCUGCUGGCUCAAAACCAUGGGAAGGAAGCUAACAUGGAGAGGGAGGACAUCAAGAUGGUAGUGAAAAAAUGGUGGGAUAUACACAACGACGAGUCGCUUGCAGAUUUGAAAGCUGAAAACUCAGUACCAGCAGAAGAAGAGACUUUCUCAAGGCUGAAAACUCAGUAGCAGCAGAAGAAGAGACUUUCUCAAGGCUGAAUCUACCAUUUCCUACAUCCCUGUGCUGGAAGAAGAAUAAUCUUAGUUUCUGGACAACAAGUCUAUCUGAUACUCAGAAAAGACUCAGCUCAAAUUCUUUGCAGGGAAGUGGAGGAAAAUGGAUCCAAGACAAAAUCAAAUUGAAGUGAUUUCAGAACCCAGACAAUCCCUUGGUCAAAUAUCUCAUUUGGCUCUCGAUAUUGGAGGAUCUCUGAUCAAGGUGGUUUAUUUCUCCGUAAGUAGAGAUGAUUGUACUGAUCGUGAAGGGGAGAGCUCUGCAAAUGAUACGCUUGGAGUUUUCAAAGGUGACAAGCAUCCUAUUCUUGAAGGAAGACUCCAUUUUGCGAAGUUUGAGACGAGCAACAUCAAUGAUUGUUUGGAGUUUAUCAGUUCCAGGAAACUUCACCUGGGUGGUUUCCAGCAUCAUGAAAAUCUUGCCAAGGACAAGAACUUAAUUAAGGCCACUGGUGGUGGGGCAAACAAGUUUGCUGAGCUUUUCAAGGAAAAGCUUGGGAUUGAUCUUGACAAAGAAGAUGAAAUGGAUUGUCUUGUGGCAGGAGCAACUUUUUUGCUUAAGGCAUUUCACCAUGAAGCUUACACAUACAUGGAUGGUAAGAAGCACUUUGUGCAGAUUGACCAAAGUAAUCUGUACCCAUAUCUACUCGUGAAUAUAGGAUCUGGUGUUAGCAUGAUUAAGGUGGAUGGAGAAGAUAAAUUUGAGCGAGUUAGCGGAACAAAUGUUGGAGGUGGCACCUUCUGGGGUUUGGGAAGGUUAUUAACAAAAUGUAAGAGUUUUGAUGAGUUGUUGGAGCUAAGUCAUCGGGGAAAUAAUCGGGUAAUAGACAUGCUUGUUGGAGACAUCAAUGGUGGAAUGGAUUAUUCAAAGAUUGGCCUUUCGUCAACAACUAUUGCAUCCAGCUUUGGGAAGGCUGUUUCUAAUAAUAAAGAGCUUGAAGAUUACAAACCUGAAGACAUAGCUCAGUCUCUUCUUAGAAUGAUUUCAUAUAAUAUUGGGCAGAUCUCUCACUUGAAUGCGCUUCAAUUCGGGCUCAAGAGGAUAUUUUUUGGAGGAUUUUUCAUACAGGAUCAACCUCACACCAUGGACACAAUUUCAGUUGCAGUUCAUUUCUGGUCUAAAGGAGAGGCAAAAGCAAUGUUUUUGCGGCAUGAAGGGUUUCUGGGAGCUAUAGGUGCAUACAUGAGCUAUCCAAAGAAUAAAUUGGCGCAUAAUCAAUCCAUGCAAAUCCCACUCGCUGCAUCGUAUGCUGCAGAUCCAAACUAUAACCCACUAAAUGCAGAUAAAGAAAGUAUGGAGUGCAGUGUCUAUGCUGCUUAAAACAGGCAGUUGUUUUUUUACUUAGGUAUCAAUACGACCUUGUUGGUGCCUCAUGUGCAAGUUACAGAAAUCUGUAGAAUCUGUAACAUAGACGUGCCAAGACCAAUAAUUGUAAGAAAUAUCAUAGGACUAAGAUAUGAAGUAUUGGAAGCAUAAAAGAGGAUCAAGUCAUCAAAAUAAACCCUUGUUUCUUUACCUGAUUCAUCUGAUUGCUUGUGCAACAUAUGUUUAGAUGUUAUUGUAAUUUAAAAGCAUAUUAUUUUUCUCCA